GCUUUACGUUUUUUUUUUUUCUCCGAACAGAGAAUCCAAAUGUCUUCUCCACUUCACUCCUCGCCCGCGUCGAGCACCUGCCGGCACGCCAGCCCACCGUCUGGCCCUCCUCCGACCUCCGGUUUGUGUUUUGCGAGUACGGAUGAGGGGCUGGAGAAGAUUGCACAGACGCUGGGCGGCGUGGGAGCGGACUACCAGGGCAGCUUUUGCUGCGAACUUCCCGAGCCGCCGGUUGUGCGAGUGAAGGCCUCGGGCGACGAGUUUCCGAUCGUGCGGAAAGAUUUGGACGAGCUGGUAGAGAAGCAGGAGGAGAAACUCGAAGAGAUUCUCACGGUCGAGGACGACUGGAAGAAGGAGCACCGGAUGACUUGUGCGAGUGAGUGCGGUCCGGCUUUUCUGCGGUUCGUGGACAGUCUGUAUCAAAUGCACGCCGACCAACAGAGCGCCGCGUUGGAGUCGGGCACCCGGAAGCGCGUAAAUGCGCUCCUUUUGGACCAGCACGCCCGGCUCGACCCCCUGAUCGAGCAGAUGAAGCCAUUCAGCAGAACUCGCACGUACGAGCUCGAACAUGAGCCAGUGCUGCCGCACGUUCUCGGGGAACGCGCGCGGGCUCUUGGGCGCAGGGACGUCGAGGUGUUCGCCGGGUCCCAGUCGUUAUUGCAGCACCUGACGUGUACAGGCUUACCAACGCGGGUGCGCGACGCGCUCAGCUUCCCUUUCGAUAUUGAGUUCGAGUUUCUGCGCUUGGAGGUCGAUAGCGGUAUGCGGGUUUUGACCAGCCGCGAAGAACUACAGGCCGAGAAAGAGCAGAUGGAGGAAACCCGCCGCCGACAGAAAGAAUCGUUGCGGAGGGUCUUCAUCGGGAGCGAAGAACUCAGAGCCGUUUUAUUUGGUUCUUCAACUGCCGAGGAUAAAGAAAAAGAAGCGAAGAAAAAUAAUUCUUCCGCGUCGGCUGCCCCGCCCCCGCCUGCUGUUCCUGUUCCCAAGCUCGAUGAGAAAUCGGACGACGAGGAGAUGGAGUACAAGGACCUCCGCGCCAAGGUAGCGGAUCCGCAACUAGUCGCGGAAAUCCCCGAGAAGGCACCAGUGAGUCCGCAUCCGAACGCGCGUUGGAGAGACCAUGCAGCUAGGGCCCAUCCGCAUGAAGUCCGUGAGCCGGGCUUUGACGUGCUGCGCCGACGGGAGGACAUCCGUGACAGGACGGUCGGAACUUUGGUCGCGAUUCUCCCCGGUGCAGUAAAAAGCCCCAUCACAGGGGAGAUGAAGCUCGGCAGGCGAACAGCAUCGGCACCUUUGCAAUCCGAAGCUGAUGAGCGGGUCUUCCUGCCCUUGGGGGGAGCGUACGAAAACGACAUACCGCUGGAAUAUCAGCGCUUUCUCGCGGAGGGGGAGGGCGAAAUAGAGGAGGAGGAAAUCUCGCCAUCAUCUUCUAACGACAGUGCAGAGGCUUUUAGUCAGAGCGCGGCGGAGCAGCCGGCACCGGGAUUACAGGAUCAAAAGGACCACGUCAUCGAGCCUGCAGACGGGGAAAAGCGAGAAAGCACAGGUGCAGUGCGAAAAGCAAAAAAGGCGCCAGCUGAUGUAGCAAAAGAGGCGUCUUCGAACCUCCAGUGCUUUGCGUUACUGCGGGGGGCGGAAUGGAAGCUAAAGGGCUGUGGCUACGACUCCUUUGACCGGUGCUGCCCUGGGGCGCUUGGGCACAAGGUGGUGGCGGUGUUUCGUAUUCUGCGAAAGAGAGCGACACCGAUGCUGGACCUCCGGCCGUUUCUCCCGGGGGAACCGCGGCCCGGCUUGCACGAUGACUUCGACGCGGCGCUGGAGCUCGAGAAAAAGGCGCUACUCGAGAAAGGCCACGUCAAGGAGCACAUCGAAGCCGACCGCGCUUACUCGUUCGACCGGACUCGAUGGGACUUGGAAACGGGCAAAACAGAGACGGAGGACCGUCGGAACAUCUCGAACCGGCUCGCAAAGGUUCUUGGCGCUCUGUGGAGGAGCCCGAACUUUCUGCACAGUGGCGGCGUCAUCGGGUUCCCGAGCUACACCAAGUACGAAAAUCGCGAUCUCUUUCCCGGACGCUCGCACACGGCGGCAAAACCACUGACAGCCUUCGCAAAAAGCAGGCUGGCCGAGCUAGACGGCGCUGUUGCUAACGCAAUUGACAAAGCCUUCCUGGGAAGAGUGCGGCGCCGAGCAGAGUCCGGUAACGCCGGUGCAACGACGCAAGCAGAGGCAGCUGAGCUGUACUAUCAUCCGCACCUGGUCAUCCGUGACGACACGUCGGAUCACCUCAAGCGAAAUACGCGCGCACCGGACAUGGUCCUGCUGCGGAAGCUGCCGCUCUACCGCUUCCGCACCCGGCACACCGCGGACUCCGAAAAUCGCGACGCGGAGCACGUCUCUGUGCUCUGUGGCCGGAACGUCAAGUUGACUGAAAACACGAAGAUUCCAGUUUUCCCUCAGAGGAUCGGCGGCUAUGUGCCGGACGACGAGGCCGAAGAGUACUCGCUGGAUCAGGACAUGCGGGAGUUUUCAGAUUUGGUCGUCGAUUUGAACAACUUUUUGUCUCCUGAUAAGCUUCAGCCACUUGGAACCUUGGAACUCGGCGGGGUGACCCACUGGGUGCGGGGCGAGGCGGAGCUGAACGAGAGUCAGAUGGAGCAGCCCUUCGUCGGGGACGACUGGCUUAUCAGUAAGAAAGACGAUCAGCGGACGGAGUUUCGGACGCUGGCCGACCCGGAUGGUUAUGACGCUAUCCAGCUUCACAUCUGUGGCGCUUUCAAACUGGCCGUUCCUCCUGCGGCGGAGCGAUGCGUCUUUGGGAGCACAGACGAGGCCCUACUCUCUCCUCGCGAUCGCACAGUUUACAAUGAGCUGCUGGAACAUGCUACAGCGAUUCCCGAAGAGGCGAUCAGUCCUAGCGCAAAGACAACGAAAUUGGAUUUCGCAAACCCACGGCAUCGGCACCCAUUGGAGGUGCGCGCAGAGAUUCUUGAUGCUCUCACGUUUUGGUGGCGCAGAUGCAUCUGGCGUCCGUUCGCCGACCGAACACAGAACUACACCCACGUGGCUACCGAGCACCUCAUCUUGGGCGAUUCCGUGCCCGACUAUGAGAAGAUCCGGAGAAAGCGUCACAUGCCCGGAGAUAAGUGGGACAGCUUCGACGCUGGCCUCAGGGUCGGUGACCUGCUCAGCGCCAAAGAUUUCCCUUGGACGCUGGUUUUUCCAUCAAAUCGGCAGGUUAAGGAGAUGAAACGCGGCGAGGUAUCGAGGCUUAGCUACGACUGGAAUGAAUCCGUUCUGCCCUGCGCGUACAAGGAGCUCUUCGCGAAGAGAUUCCUGGAAAAUCGUAAGGCGUCGACGGCCGACAAUCACGCGAAAGCAACGAACGCGACAUCCUGCAGCCCCAACGGAACACUUGCCCCGCUCGAAAUGGUGUUCGACGACGCAGAGACCUUCGAUUCUGAAGCGCCAUUGAAAGAAGGCCCUCGCGCGGACACGCACUUGGUGCGAACUGCUCUGAAAGCCGGUGCGACUGUGCGACUGCGAUGGUACAUGCAGGAAAUGCGCGAAGCUCCGCCGGACCAGGUACAGGACAGCAGGUUCGGUCUCUGGGGCGACGCGGAGAACGGUGUGCUUCCUCUGCAGAGCUUUCCACCGGUGUUAGACGACGCGUCUAGCUGGCUCCAGCAAACUGUGUACUACGGGGAACGCGCUUUCCGACCGCGGCGAGCAGUGCAGCUAGCGAACGCGUUGCCAACGGAAUGGCCAACAUUCAAAAGCCGAAAGGAGUUGCGGGAGUUUUUGCUCGAGAAUGUGGGCCGGAUGUACGACACAACUGCGAAGCAUGGUACUGCCUCCGCAGAGAAGAACGGGGACGAAACGCAGGAGCACGGCGGGAAAAAGAAGCACGAAAACUUACCAGCCUUUGAGGCAGAUGGCAUCGACGACGAGGAUGUGUGGGUGGCUCCGCUGUCCUGGUUUCCAGACAAUCGGCGGGACUUCGAGGACGGCAGCGCGGACCGAGCUCGGAAAGAUGUAGUCCGCAUUCCGAUCCAGAAGAAACAACAGAAGGAAGAUAAGCAAGAAACUGCAAAGAAAAAACCGCAGGAGGGGGAAACUCUGUACAUUUCAUUCUCGAUGAACAUUCACUUCAUACAUACAGGUGCUUUUAGUUGUCGUAUGUGUAAAAUUCACUUUCACUAUGAAUCUCCAAUGCUGCUCCCGACCUCUCCCAGGUUGCCGUCGGAAACCGAAGACGUCGAGGAAGUCGCUGCUUUGCCUGAGGACGAUCCCGAAGCUGCUGAUGCGUAUUUUUACCUCGGAGCCGCAUUCCACAUUACCUUUCCGGGUACCGCGAAUCCAUACCUCCUGUAUGGUCUCCCGACGGCGCCCACGGGAAAAAGCACCGAUAGCAAGCAGCAAGCUGCCAGCCCGGCGGCCAAGCGGCAGAAGAUCUGCUAGGGUGGAGAAAUGAAUAGAGCCUGAUUUUUUUAUGAGAAACGUGGUUCUGUGUUGAUGAUGAUGAAGGUUUCAAGUUUACUUUGAAAAGUACUACUACCGGCCAAUGACGGAUGCACACGACGCAGCUUUGCACAGAAUAAAUUGUGGUUGAAAAAACUGCAACGCAACAGAAUUAAAAUCGGUAUGAAAUCACUUCCAAAACUCUGUGUGUGAGCUUGAUGUUUUCGUUGAAGCGAAAGAAGGAAAAUCAAGGGUGCUAUGAUCGACUUCUUAGCAUUGGGCCGUGUCUUCGACGAGACUCUUUGUUUCUCUGCGG